AUGAAAUGGCCAAGCGGAAAAAGGAGCAAUUUUGAUUUUCACAAUGAAACCGAAACUGCAAUGAACGACCAGAUAAAUGUGGAGUUAAAAGCGUUUUAUUAUUAUCUGUCCAUGGCUGCAUAUUUUGGUCGUGUAGAUGUUGCUUUAUCAGGCUGUGAGUCAUUCUUUAUGCAAUUGCAUCAUGAGGAGCAUGAACAUAUCCUGAGAUUCUUAAAUUAUGUAAACAUGCGUGGUGGCAAAGCGCAGUUAUGCGCUGUAUCACCACCAAACAAUCAAGAUUGGAAAUGUCCAUUGCAUGCAUUCAAAACAGCAUUACAAUUGGAAAUAGAAGUCAGUAAAAAAUUGGUCGCAGUAAACACUGUAGCAGAGAAGUAUGGUGAUAUAAACGCAAGUGAUUUCAUUAUCACUGGUUUUAUGGAAGAUCAGAUGAAGAGUGUUAAUGAGUUAGGAAGAUUGGUGACUGUAUUAUCUGGUAUUGGAGAUCAAGCAUUAGCAAGAUUCAUAUUUGAUAAAAAUUUACUUGAGAAUUAUGUCAUGCCUGAUUUCAAUGUUUUAAAAAGGAAAUCCUAUCAAAAAAAUAUGGCCGCCAUAGUCCCGAAUGUCGUCGAUCAGUUGGACUGUCGACAGUGGGGUCAAGGUAUUUAA